UUGUAACGUAGCUAAUUACUGCGCGGGAAACCUGUCCGAAAAGGAAAUUUUGGCAGCUUUUGGUACUCCACAGCAAGUCGUGUGUAUUUUUCAUAUGGUGUAAUUAAGGAAAGAACGACGUGCGUGGUUUGGGAAUCCAGAAAGGCGCUUCUUAUUUCUUACUCUUGUAAGUCGGUCUAGAGCAGGGGAUGGGUUGUCGCCCUCGACGGCUUUGCUUCGUCAACGUCCGGCCAACAUGAUUCAUUUUGUGCUUCUGGUCAAUCGUCAAGGCAAGGUACGUUUGGCAAAAUGGUAUUCAACUUAUUCGCAGAAGGAGAGAUCCAAGGUGAUUCGAGAGCUCAGUGGAUUGAUUCUUAACCGAGGUCCAAAGCUCUGUAAUUUUGUUGAGUGGAGAGGAUACAAAGUUGUAUAUAGAAGAUAUGCUAGCCUUUACUUUUGCAUGUGUGUAGAUCAAGACGAAAAUGAAUUGGAAAUACUCGAAAUAAUACAUCGUUUUGUGGAGAUACUUGAUCUCUAUUUUGGCUGUGUUUGUGAGUUGGACUUGAUCUUUAAUUUCCAUAAGGUAUACUUUAUCCUGGAUGAGCUCUUGAUUGCUGGUGAACUUCAAGAAGCAAGCAAGAACACUGUCGAGAAACUUAUAGAUGCACAGGAUUGUUUAGUGGAAAGUGCGAAAGAGCAGGCCAGUUCUUUAAGCAAUAUAAUUGCACAAGCAACAAAAUAAGGGCACUGGCUGACCUGCAUUGUACUGCAUGUGCGAUGAGUGUCCAAGUCAGUUGGUACUUACACACUUAAAAAAUAAUGAUUUGUUUUGUACUUUGAAUACUUGAACCAAGAGGUCCGUUCGAGGAAUAAAAUGGCUUAGAGCAUGCUUUUGCUGGUA